ACAAAAAGAAAUCAGAAACUAUAAAACAGAGCAACAAAAACCAACCAUUUCUCGAGAUAAAACAUCACCAUUUCCCUCAAUUUUCCGCCAUGGCAGCAGCUUCUUCUUACAUGGUCUCUCCCAUGGUGGGUUGGAGAGAACCCAAAGGGCACUCAAAACCCACAACCAGAAACAGAGUCCCCAUCUCUGCUCAGGCCAAUGAAGCGGCAGAGCAACUGAAAGUGGGAGAAAACGAGCAGGCACCGCCGCCGCCGCCGCCACCGCUGCGGCCGGUGGAAGUGCAGCAGAACGUGAAGAGCAAGAACAUGAGCAGAGAAUAUGGAGGGCAGUGGCUGAGCAGCGUGACUCGGCAUGUGAGAAUCUAUGCAGCUUACAUAGACCCAAUUACUUGUGAGUUCGAUCAGACCCAAAUGGAUAAACUUACGCUCAUUUUGGAUCCCAGUAAUGAGUUUCUUUGGAAUCCCCAAACUUGCAAUAAAGUCUAUGCUUACUUCCAAGAACUUGUUGAUCACUAUGAGGGGGCUCCAUUGACAGAAUAUACACUUCGGCUAAUCGGUUCAGACAUAGAACACUACAUAAGAAAGAUGCUUUAUGAUGGAGAAAUCAAGUACAAUAUGAAUGCAAAGGUUCUCAACUUCAGCAUGGGAAAGCCCAGAAUUAUGUUCAAUAACAAUGAUCUGCCUCAGCCAAAUCAAUAAAUUAUAUAUAGUUAACUAAUGCAAAAUUAUAUGUGUUACAUAAUAAUAUUCAAUGUGUUGUGUUCUAAAUACAAUCACAAUUCUGUUUCAUUCUGAUGCUGUAGUGCAGUCUUCAGCAGUUCAUAAGAUCUAAGGUAGCUUUUAUAAGUUAACUAAAUAAAUAAGGCAGCCCGCUUCUGUCUUUGGAAAUCGAGGGCUCGUAAAGGCUACUUUCAUCUAUGUAUUUCAUCAGAUUUUUAUAAACUAGUUUUUGGAAUU